AUGUCUUCAACUACUCAUCUUUGCCGUUUGUGCGCGAAUUUGAGUCAAGAUGGCAGCUUGAUUUACAACAAUGAAGGACAGCCCAAUGAGUUGUACAAUCUCAUGCUCAAUUAUUUGCCCACCAAGAUUAUAGAUCUCGAGAAAUUCAAGCAUAUCUCCAUUAUCUGUAACGAAUGUUGGCAUUCUCUGGAAUAUAUACGCACUUUUCACCAAACAAUAGAUAAGGCGCAGGAAAAGCUGUCUCAAGAAUAUCCCGACGCUGAAAAGAAGGUUGAAGAUUUUGAAACUAUUGGGCAUAAUUUGAAUAUUAAGGUGGAGCAGGAGUUUAUAACGGAAUCUCAGACCUGUGAGGCUGAAACCAUCAACAACAGUCUGGAGAUUUGGAACUCCACUGAAUUGCUGGAGGACAAUACCGAUCUGGGAAUAGAAGAAAAAGAGUCUAAAGCUGCCCUAGAAUUUUUGGCAAUACAAAGGGAAGUUGUGACUAAAACCAGUCACAGUCAUACACCAGAGUUGUCAGCUUUACAUGAAGGUUGCGAGGAUCCAACUCAAAAUGAACCUCAGCCUAGUUGCUCCUCUUAUACAAAAUUCACCAUUGAGGAAGAUUUAGCGGAUGGCGGCACCACUUCAAGUGAUGAUGAUGAUGAUAUACCCUUGGCAAAGCGUUUUGCCAAAACUAAGUCAUUAGAAGAUUCUGAUUCAAAAACCCCAGAAGCUAGCCAAAUUUCCUAUCCAACGGGAACUGAUAGCACUAAGUUGUUCGAUUUCUAUUUUUCUCAAGUGAUGCCAGCAGUUAAAUGCGUGGUCUGCUUGGAGUUAUUUGAAACGUAUUCGUUGUAUCGCGAACAUUUCUACAAAGCCCAUCCCAAUAGACGUUUCCACAUUAUAUGUUGCUAUAAAAAAAUGGGUUCUAGUAAAGUUAUCAAACCUCAUAUAUUGAACAAGCAUACAAAUGUCCAAGCACCCCAGUGCCAGCAUUGUGGUUUAAAGUGUAUGACAGCAGCAAAUUUAAAAUCUCAUAUUACCAUACAUCAUGCAAAGUUUGAGAAGCCACGAAUACCUGCUGAAGAUAAACUAAAAACAAUUGAAUGUUUUCCCUGCACUGCAUGUACGCGCCAAUUUAAAACUCAGCAAUAUCUACGAUUGCAUAUAACGAGGCAUCAUGCGUCCCAAAAGGUGAAGAUUUCAGCUGAAGAUAAUCUCAAAAUGGGUGAGACAUUGGCCGAAGAACUUAAAUGUAAUGAUGCCGCGGUCCUUGAUGACUUGGUGGCCACUUGGCUACCCAGCAUACAGUGUGUUCUAUGCCCUGAAGUCUUGUCUAAAUAUUCCGUAUAUCGUGAACACUUCCAAAAGAAGCAUCCACACAAGUAUUUCUAUCUCUCAUGCUGUGACACAAAGCUGCAAAUAAAUAAAAAGGUGCUGGACCAUAUGCUUUUUCACAAUAAUCCGGAGACUUUCAAGUGCAAGCCCUGCAACAGUACUUUUGCGAAUGAAGCCAGUUUGCGUCGUCACAAUCGAAGGCUCCAUACAACCCUGCAGGAUAGAAAAUUUUCCUGUCAACAAUGCACGAAGUCCUACACCACGCGCAAAGGACUUUCAUUUCAUUGUACUCAAAAACAUAGCGUUCUUAGCAUGCCGGAAGAGGCUAUACAAGAAGAUGGCAGUUCUGUGUAUAACUGCAAGGAUUGUGAUUAUUCCACUCAGUCGUACAACAAAUUUUCCACCCAUCGUUGGUCUAAUCAUAAUCCCAGAAACUCUUACACCUGCCAAAUUUGUGAUAAAACUUUUAAAGUUGCCGCCAACUUGCGUAAUCAUCUUAACACGCAUGCCGGUAAUCGUAAUCAUUGUUCGAUUUGUGGCUCUCAUUUUAAGAAUUUCGAAGGCUUGAGGAGACAUAAGCAAGUCUUCCACCAACAACAAGCCGUUGAGUCCAAUGCCAAAGUUGGACGUAGACAUGCUUGCUCUAUAUGUUCGGCCAAGUUUCCUCUGAGGCUGGCUUUAAAGUUGCACAUGCAAAGUGAGCAUCCGGGUAAAAAAAUUCAGAAAAAUCGUAUCUCUUGUACGCUAUGUCCCUUAAAAUUUACAAAUUCAGCACAUUUUCGCUUGCAUUUGCGUAAGAAACAUGGAAAAACUUCUCUGGAAAUUAAGGAAGAGAUUGUUGAAGAGGAGGAUGGUGAAAAAUUGGAAGAAGAAUCAAGUGCCUCAGCUUGGGAUGACGUAAGGGUGCCUGACAACACUUUGCUUGAUAUUAAGAAAGAUGUAGUUGAAAAGAAGGCUGAAGUUCCAGAUGAAGAAGAACUAUUGGUUGAGGCUCUGAGGUCAUAAGGAAGCAUUAAAAAAACUAAUGCUUAUUUUCAGAAGAAGAAUAACUCUUAGAUGAAUCUAGUGCAUCAACUGUAGAGGCCAAAAAUGACCUGCUACAAUAAGCCGAAUACAAAACCACCAUAUAUAUUUUCAUGCUGAUAUUUUCACAAGCUUAUUUUUUCUCUUUUAUCUAUGCCAAACAAGUGUUUCAGAACCUAAAAAUACAAUUCCUUUUCAAUGCCUUGUAUUUCUUUUACUCAUCAUAUAACAAAAGCAUUCAGUUCUAGUUGGUUGGUUGGUUCUAUUGUAAUAGUCCUAUAAAUAAUAUUUACUUAACAAUUUAAACUGUUCAAUGCAAAUAUGGAUUUUGAAUAUUCCAGAACCGAUAUAUACCACCUACUGAUUAGUUUUACAAAAUCUGUCAAAUCCUUAUUUAACUUCUAGAAAUGAACAAAAAAAUUGUUCUUAUAUUCUUAAGAUAUGAAUAAUCCCAACAACUGUUUCAGAACGAACAUACAUA